UAUGGAUCGUUACUUUUAGUUCAAUUGUUAUUUUGGUAUGUCGGUACUCUUUGGUACUCUUUCAAAAGCCGCCGCAAGUCGAAACAAGUCAGCCUCAGGGGCUUUUAUUUUUGUUGUUUUACUUUUUUUUUUCAAGGCGCGCGCGCGCUAAAUUUGUUGCCGGCACAUUUGUAAUUGUAAUUUAAUUCGCACGUACACGGAGCGAAUCUGCGCUCAGUGGUGUUUUAGGCAAAACAGAUAGGCAAGAACCCUUGCGCGUGAGCGCCUGCAAGCCUGCCACUCAGUGCAGGGUGAAAAAACAACAAAGGAACAAUUUUUAAACUGAGGAAGUAACGGUGGUGUUUGCGUGCGGUUCUUCAUACGUACACCACACUUGAAGUGCUUGAAGAAACUCAUCUUAUAUCCCGUGACUUCGCUAACAAGCUUGGGUGUCAUGGAGCCAGCGCUUAAGCGAGAGCUCAAGGGCCUCAAGGGACGCAUCACCGGCAUCCACUUUAGUCCGGAUGACAAACAAAUGGCGGCCAGUUCAGCCGACCACUCGGUCAUGAUGUGGCACCUCAGCGAAGACAAGCGGGCACUUCGGUUCGCUGGUCACACGGGUGAAGUGUAUGGCGUCCGAUUUGCUCCCUCGGGUAACCUCCUGGCAUCUGCGUCCAGAGACUGCACUGUGCGCUUCUGGUUCAUUAACAGGAAGGACGAAAGCCAAGUCUUGCGGGCACACACUGCGGCCGUGCGGUCUCUGGACUUCGCUCCCAAUAGUCUUUCGCUUGCCACGGCCUCGGAUGAUAUGACCGUCAAGGUGUGGUCAGUACAGCGUCAGAUCCUGCAGCAGACCAUCACAGUGCACAGCAACUGGGUCCAUUCAGUGAGGUACUCCCCAGAUGGCCGUCUUCUGGCGACAUGCAGUGACGACAAGACCCUGUGUAUCUGGGACACAUCGUCCAAAACAUGCGUGCACUGUUUUGCAGCCGGCAAGAAGCAGCUGCAAUGUGCCGAGUUCCAUCCAGAUGGCGUGACAGUGGCCGUGGCUGGCAGGGACAGCGCUGUUCGUGUCUACGACGUGCGCAACAGGGGCCUCCUGCAGGAGUACAACGCUCACGAGGGCAUCGUGAACUCCAUGCACUUCCACCCGUCGGGUGACUGCCUGGUGACCGGUGCAAGUGACUCACUCACAAGGGUGUUCGACGUGCUCAAGGGCAGGCUGCUUUACACGCUAGUCACACACAUGAAACCAGUGCACGCCGUUUGCUUCUCACACGAUGGAAACCACUUUGCCACAGGAGGCGACGAUCGCCAGGUGUUCCUGUGGACAAGCUACAACGCUGAUUCGGCUGGGGCGGAGCAGUCCGGCAGUGGUGAUGCUGGCACACGGAACAGCGAUAAUGGGGAGCCAGCGGUCGGGAGCACAACGGCAGCUGCCAAGCCGGUGGCUGUAGUGCGCUCUGUGGCGCAGGUCUCCACUCUGAACCAGGGUUCUAGUGACCAGAGACUGGAAGUGAACCCUUCUGCCAAUGGGUCCAGCUUCGAAGCCAGGCUUGAGCAAGUGGUCACUCAACUGACUGCCAAAAUGGAGCUACUCAGCCAGGCCGUGUCUACUCUAAACUCAAAAGUGCUGGCACUCGAGUCAGUUGUGGCGGAGCAACGCACAGCAGUGCAGCAGCCGGAUCAGCCGAAGCCAAGUCAGCCGGAGCACAAUGGUGCCACCUGUGCUGAUUGACAUCCCCCUACCUUUCGUCAUCCUCGUUUGGGUGGGAUGUCACAGUGGACUUACUUGCCUCACCAGUGACUUGUGUGUAUCUUAAAAACCCGCAUAUAAUAUAAUAUUGACCACAUAUAAUACAAAGUGAAAUUUGGGGAUAGCAAAAAAGAAAAAAAAACAAAAAUUUUCAUCCGCAUAUAUUACGAGUGAGGCAAACUCAGCGAAAAGAUUUAUUUACAUUAUACUUCGCACUUCAAUCAUCAUUGUCCUCUGUUCCUCUUCCGCGAACUCUUUUCAGACAUACUCAUUUUCUGUGCCGUCGAGCGCGUUUCAAAUGCCGCACUUGUUAAAAGCACAACAUAGAAGGUCCUCCGGGAUGUUCGCCCAUGCCAAAUACACGGUGGCGCCUAGGUUGCAGUUCCUGUAUGCUAGAGAACGAUCAGAAUUAUGGUAGCCAUGCAGCAAUCUCGAAAGCAAUGCCUUGAGCCCGAUGUUUGGCUGAAAUUUUGGUUUGGAUCUGCAUAGUAUGUGGUGGAAACUUGAGACAUCAUUAAGUAGAAAAAAUCCUCGUAUUAAUGCGGGUUUUUACGGUACUUUAGUUUUUAGCAGAUGACUGCAUAUCUCGCAGUUGGACACUGUGCGGUGUGUGGGGUGUCAGAAGCUAUCGAGUGAAAUUAAUAAAUUCUUUUACUUUUUUAAA